CCCUCCUACUCUACAUGCCACAGCCUGGCGACGUACAUGGACUAGCUGCGAUCUCCGGAUGAAUAAACGUUCCACUCGUUGUCACAGGAUGAACUAUGUAACUGUAACACCGUAUGAACUAUGUUGGCGUGACGUGUCGUUGUCAAGGUGACGAUGCUGUAACCGACGUACGGGCUAGCGUACAUCAUUAAGGACCCCAAGCUUCAGUGUAGCACCUCUAGUCCAAUGGGUCAGUGUUGUUCCAAGGAGGUUGUCCACAUUGAGAGGCUCAACGUGGCGGGACGUGUGCAAGGCGGCGUAGGACAAACCUACACUGCAGAACACAUCACUGGCGGGAUAGCAAACGAGGGGUCAGCUGAGCGUCCACACAAUGACACUAUUACAGUGGGGAUAGGACUAAAUGACAACCACACAGGAAACAUUGGCAGUGUACCACGUGAUUCGAGUGACAUGGGAAACACAAACGGUAUACCACGUGCUUCGAGUGACAUGGGAAAAGAGAGCGGUAUACAACGUGCUACGGGUGACAUAGGAAACACAAGCGGUUUAUCACGUGCUACGGGUGACAUGGGAAACACAAGCGGCAUUCCACGUGCUACGGGUGACAUUGGAAACACAAACGGUAUACCACGUGCUACGGGUGACAUUGGAAAAGAGAGCGGUAAACCACGUGCUUCAAGUGACAUGGGAAACACGAACGGUACAUCACGUGCUACGGGUGACAUGGGAAACACGAGCGGUAUAUCACGUGCUACGGGUGACAUGGAAAACACGAGCGGUAUAUCACGUGCUACGGGUGACAUGGAAAACACGAGCGGUAUAUCACGUGCUACGGGUGACAUGGAAAACACGAGCGGUACAUCACGUGCUACGGGUGACACGGGAAACACAAACGGUAUAUCACGUGCUACGGGUGACACAGGAAACACAAGCACCACAACACACGCAUCAGGUGAACUGGGACACAAGGUGUCAGCAGGGGACAUAAGACCCCCUGACACUCCAGGAGACAGCUGGACCAGAAACUCAACAGUGCAUGAUCCUGUGGUAGGAGGGGGUGUGUCAUUCCAGGAUAUUGACGAGCUCAACCUUUACGUGGCAUAUGCUGUAGGUGGUGAGAAGAAAGUGCAGUGUCUUCCCUUAGAGGAAAUAGUUGACAUCAACAGGAGAGACGACAUCGGGAAAACACCCCUGAUUGUGGCCGCGUGGAAGGGUCGUCUGGGGGUGUUUGGCCUGCUUGUGAGUAGAGGUGCUGACGCAUCAGUCCAAGACGCUAAUUCGAACAACAUCCUCCACUGGGCGUCUCACGGGGGCAAUGUGGACAUGGUACAGUAUGUCAUCUCUAGACGUCUUGUUGACAUCAACAGUCGCGGGAACCACGGGUAUUCGCCCGUGAUGAUGGCGGCAGAACGCGGACACAAGGAAGUGGUCGCCUUACUGGCACAGAAAGGAUGUGACAUGUCGCAUGUGACCAAUGGCGGUAACAAUAUCCUUCACGUGACCUGUACUGGAGGUUAUGUGACGAUGGUAAAGUGUCUCCUGUUGAUGAAUAUUGUUGACAUCAACAGCAGAGGGGCGAACGAGAGAACGGCGACGAUGAUGGCCGUAUUGAAGGGACAUAGCGCUGUGUUUGAGCUUCUUGUAAGUGAAGGCAGCGAUUUGUCACCCGUGAGUAGCAACAACAACAACAUCCUUCACGAGGCCUGUGUGGGUGGAGACGUGAGCAUUGUCAACUACAUCAUCUCCAAAGGUGUCGUUGCUAUCAACAGUAGAGGUAAGUACGACAGGACGCCAGUGAUGGUUGCAGCGGAGUUUGGACAUACUAAUGUACUCGAGCUACUUGUGAGGGAAGGCGGUGACGUGAACGUCAGGUCGUCUGAAGGCAACACCAUCCUCCAUGCAGCGUGUCUGGGAGGACACGUCAGUAUGGUGUGCCACGUUCUCUCGACGACACGCGUCAACGUCAACGCCAGAGGUAAGAAAGGGCGGAGCCCUUUGAUGUUGGCGGCAUGGAUGGGGCACCAAGAGGUGUUUGAACUCCUUGUGAGUGUGGGUAGUGACGUGUCACUUGUUGAUGAUGGAGGUAACAACAUUCUCCAUGUGGCUUGUCGUGGAGGAAAUGCGGACAUGGUGGCGUAUCUCCUGUCGAAAGACGUUGCAGACAUGGACGCGAUGGACAAUCAAGGACUAACAGCAGUUAUGAUAGCUAAAGAGAAAAAGCACAAAGCUGUUGUGGGAGUACUGUCGUCCAAGCUCAAGAUGCCAAGUGAUUAAACACAUUUAGACAAACUCAGAGUGAUAUGCAUAAUACGUUAACCUUAUGGGCAAUCAUACAAUCAAUAUGAAGUCGUUUGGAAUUUUACUCUGCGGAGGAAAUACUUAAUUUAUAUCACGACGUGUCGGCUUGGGGAGAGAGCCGGAAGUUAUUCACUUUGGCAAAACCCAGAAGUUCGGGCAUAUUGUUGUUAAACCAAGAAACACAAUAACAGCGAAAACGAGACUAGGACUCGAGCCACGAUCACGGGAUUAAGGCGGCAGCUUGGGCGGCUCUCUCACAAAUGUGGAAACUCUACUGCUGGUGAUGAAUGUGAGUGAAUGGUGAUUUAGGACACUGUCUGCCUGUAGAGUCUGGCUGACUUUGUGUAGACUUGUUCCCUGUAUUAUUGCUAACUCACCCACAUGUGGUCCAGGUGCAGAUGUCCGCCGUGAAGUGUAGAUGUUGUUUGUAGUCAAUAAAGGUCGCAUUUUUUUGUGUA